GUUUAGAUGGAUCCUAAUAGGGAUAUCAAAUAUUCAACCUUGAAAAUGUCUGAUUCAGUUCAAUUUGGAGGAAUUAUGACAAAGGAAGAGUGCUAAGCAUUAGCAAAGAAAAUUAUGUCAAUUUAUGAUGGGGAUGGAAACGGCACAUUAGAUUCCUUCGAAGUGGGCUACAUACAAUCAGAUUGUUACAGAGCCAUGAAUAAAGGAUUCAAUCCAACUCCAACAGAUAUUGCUGCUUUUUCCAGAAUCAUAGACAGACGCUAAUGUGGGAUGGUGACGGAUAAGGAUAUUGAAGCUUUGUGCAUAAAAUACUUUGGAGGUAAUUUCGAUAGAAGUGAAAGAAGCGAAAGAGCAGUACCUGAACAAAACACAAAUCAACAAAGGUCUUAUGAGACAAGCAAUAUCAACAGAUAAGUAUCAAGCAACCAGAAUAGCAAAGUUAUAACAGUUCAAAAAUAAACUGUAGUCACUAAUUAGGCUUCAUCCAUCCCUAAUUCCCCUCCAGUUAAAACAACUUACAGUUCAGUGGUGUAAGAGAGAUUGGAAGUAGCAAGAAGAAUUUUUAGAAUGUUGGAUACAGAAAAAAAUGGAUUCAUUACAGAAAAGCAUGUUCCAUCAUUGCUUCAGGAAACAUAUAAAUUGAUGGGAAUGUCAAUUGAACCUACUCAAGAAGAUGUAGAAUUGUGGAUGGAAAUGGCAGAUGAAGACCGAGAUGGCAAAGUGUUUCUAAAGGAUUACGAGGCAUUGGUUAUCAGAAGUCUAAAAUAAUAAGGAAUUGUUUUAGAAUGAUUCAAAUAAACAAAUAUUUAACAGUUAAGUUUAUAUGAAGAUA